AUGGCUCCAAACGGGGCAGUGCACCGCGAAGACGCUCGAGGGCAUCGCUAUCCUGAUUAUGGUGGAAAUCCUUUAGCCCACAUUCUCUCCAACACCGACUCUGUGCGACUACCAGCCUUUGGAGGAGCUGCCCAAGUCGGUCUUUACAAGCCGCCCCCAUUCCAAUUUGGCAACCCUGUACCACUGGGUUUAAGUGGCUUCGCAUUGACCACUUUCGUACUCUCGUGCAUCAACCUCGGAGUCCGCGACAUCAGCGAACCCUCGAUCGUAAUAGGUCCGGCGCUGGUAUAUGGAGGCUUCAUCCAACUUCUAGCGGGCAUGUGGGACAUAGCACUGGGUAACGUCUUCGGAGGGACAGCUCUAACGUCCUACGGUGGCUACUGGUUAGGCAUUGGAAUUAUUCUCACCCCAGGAGGCUUUCGGAUCCAGGCAUCCUACAGUCAAGCAGACUUCUACGCGGCAUUCGGCUUCUACCUCUUCGCCUGGAUGAUCUUCACCUUCCUACUCUGGCUUUGCACUUUGAAGUCGACGGUGGCCUUCAGCAGUCUGUUCUUGACGGUGUGGCUGACAUUCCUGUGUCUUGGCGCCGCCUACCUAGAUGCGCAGAACAAUGCGAAUGCCAUGCCAAACGUUGCUUUGACGAGAGCGGGGGGCGCCUUUGGCAUGAUCGCGAGCUGGCUGGCUUGGUACAACAUGCUCGCUGGCCUUCUCGAUCCCUCAAACUCCUUCUUCAUCAUCCCAGUAGUGCAUUUUCCGUGGAGUGAUAAAGCGCGGAUGGACCGGAAAGCGAAGGCAGAAGCUGAAGAUGAAGGUGUAUAG